ACGUCCAUAGACAAACGGAUCUUCGGAAAAUGCUCAUUUAGACUAAGGGAGCCAGGCUUGAAUAGUUUCAGUGCUGCACAUUGUGAAUCGCCUGAUUUCCGUACCAAUCUGUCACAGUACACGUCCUGGUUCACUGAGCAGAGCGGAACUCACGCCUGAACAUGAGCCGACUACCGGCAGGUGAUGCAAACGCAAUGUUUCGAAAGGCAGUGAGACGUAUCGUUCCUCGUGCGCGUUUCAACGGAUACUUCUACCUGACGCAGAUGAUUAUUCAUUUCAUUGUCACCAGUGCCAUACUCUGUUAUACGCGACAUGGUGUUCUAGCUGGAGAUUUGCAGAAGCAUGAUUAUAACAUUUGUCUGUUAAGCGAAUCUCAGACGAAGGUCUAUAUCGACUGCGUUUUCGUGAACUCACCCAUGACCCCUUCGCUAAGGUCGCAAGUAAACGAGCUAACCGCAAAGUUUCCGGGUAUAAACCUAGCUGAGAUUACCUCGUUGAUUUGUAAGGCCUCCAACUACGACGGCGAGAUGGUUGUCGACCAGUUUUUGGAUUCUUUUGAGGAGGAUGUAAGCAACGAGAUCUUUAAUGCGUUUCAGGCGAUUCGGAUACUGCAGAAAUGUCUUCCCCAAGUGCACAGUACGUUGUAAGCGCGACCGCAAAUCGGUCAGGUAAAGAAUCGAAAUGA